CAGUCAGGACGCGAUGGUUACCCGGGGCCUCUUGGCUUGGAUGGCAAACCAGGACCUCCAGGACCAAAAGGGGAAAAGGGGGAAGCAGGAGACAUUGGCCCAAGGGGUUUCAAAGGCGAGCCGGGAGAGGAUGGAGUGAUGGGUGCCAGAGGACCUCCAGGAUCAAAGGGUGAACCUGGUGUCCAAGGGAAAAAGGGUGAUGAUGGGAUCCCUGGGGAACCAGGACUUGUGGGCCCUAAGGGAGAAAAAGGAAGCGUGGGUCCCAAGGGAGAGAACGGCACAGAUGGCUUCCCAGGACUAAAGGGUGAACCUGGUGAGAAGGGAGGAAUUGGCUCCAUUGGACCCCGGGGUCCCCCUGGGCUGAAAGGGGAGCAGGGAGACACCGUCGUCAUCGACUACGACGGCCGAGUCCAGGAUGCACUCAAGGCUGCAGGGAUACACAAAGUGCUGGGUCCACCAGGUCCCCCAGGGCCACCAGGCCCCCAAGGCACUCCAGGUCCCAAGGGAGAGCUGGGCUUGCCAGGUCCACCUGGAAUGGAUGGUGAAAAGGGUCCUAAAGGAGCAAAGGGUGACCAGGGCAGCAUGGGGAUCAUGGGGCAAAAAGGAGAGACAGGAGAAAUGGGCUCAGCAGGUCCCCCGGGAGCAGAAGGGCCAAAAGGAGACAAGGGAGAAAAAGGAGACACUGGGUCACCCUGUCUGCAGAAUAAUCAUAUCAUACCUGAGCCUGGACCCCCCGGAUUACCUGGCCCUAUGGGUCCUCCAGGAAUCCAGGGACCUAAAGGUUUGGAUGGUGCAAAGGGAGAAAAAGGUGACAGUGGUGAGAAGGGGGACCAAGGUGACACCGGACCUGCUGGUCUCCCGGGUGCUCCAGGGCUCAUUGGUUUACCUGGUACCAAAGGAGAAAAGGGAAAGCCAGGGGAGCCAGGAUUGGAUGGUUUCCCUGGUCUCAGAGGAGAGAAAGGAGAGAGGAGUGAAAGAGGCGAGAAGGGUGAACGAGGAAUACCAGGGAGAAAAGGGGCCAAAGGACAGAAGGGGGAGCCAGGCCCUCCUGGACUGGAUCAGCCUUGUCCUGUGGGACCAGACGGACUGCCAGUAGCAGGAUGUUGGCAUAAGUGAACUCUAAGCAUGAAGCACAAUAUGUAAAUAAUGUGAUAUAUUUUGAUCUUUUAAUUUUUGUAUAAAAAAAGGAAAAAAACACUUUUGACAGUAAUAUAUUGACCUUUUUUUAUACUGGAUUCUGACAUUUAUGGACUUGGAAAAUAAUGUAAAGCUCCCAAACCCAUACCAUUGCAUGGUAACACCAGGAUUUGCUAAAGGUACCAAUGACAGUAGCUGGGGACAAACAGUGCCCACUGCUCAUGCUGCAGUGUGAACUAACAGUACUGAGCCAGCCUUGUGUGCCUUACUGCAUGAAGGAGGGCAAAAUCCCUGUCCUAAUCUGGCUCUCAACUUCGUAUUUGCAUUGCACAUGCACAUUCAAAGGGUGAAAAAACCUGGCUGAAAACAAAGAAAAGAAGGAUGCAGCCCUAAAAAUGAAAGAAGCUGCUGUCUACUGUCUGGUCAAACAGGAUUUGCAACCUGCAGAGGAAACAAAGCCAAGCUCCAUCCAUCGCUACCUGUGUGAUGGAAACAGCAACUCUGGGGCUAAACAGAACAAACUUCACUGACUGUGGUUAUUUCCUCUACAAUCCUCAAGAGAAAGCACCUCUGGGUCCUGUUCUGGGGUCUGUGCCUGAAGAUGUGCAAGCACUUUUUUACUGUGGAACACAAAUUCCCCAGGAAGUCUCUACUGCAGAAUUUCAAAACAGAAAAACCUGGUAAUACUUUCAGUGCAGGGAGGUGCAGGACAGGGAAAGCUCUGCUUAAGUUCUUUCUUAAACAACAGAGCACAUAAAUUUGCUCUUGGGGUUCCCAAAAAUUGGGAGUUUGAAGUAUUUGUCUUGGGGUUCAUUUGCUUUUUAUUUCUUCUUGGUUUUCAUGAUUUUAACUGUAAACUAACUCUGCACUCUCGUCUUAUUUCUCUUCACCUUUUCAGUCCCUUUUGUUAAAUUUUCUCUUCUCAGGCACAUCCCAUGCAGAGCAGAGUAAUGAAUAGAAUCAUUAUUAUUUUGAUAUCUGCAUAUGCCACUGUGGGAUCAAUUAAAAAUUGCAAACUAUUCCACAGUUCACAUUUUUUAAGAUGUUGAAAAAAUAUCAAUUGUGCAGCAGAGAGCCAUUAAAAAAUAUUUCAAAGAGGAAGAAGAUGGCUUACAGCUGAGUCUGUUCAGCUUACAAUGAAGAUCAAGAGGCAACCAGAUUCCUUUACAGGGAGGAGGUACUUCGUAUUAACAAGUUUUAAAACUGGACAGGAAAAGAUAUACAAAUAUUCAUUCAAUGGGUAGAAGUUGAAGCCACACAAACUCAAAAAAUAAGCUGUGGGUUUUUAUUGGUAAAACUGGUUAAUCCUAACCAGACCAGUGAUAUAAUUGCCAUCCCCUUAAUGUCAUUUUGAUUUAACAGAUCAUGUCUGGAGGAAAUACUUAGCUCAAUACAAGUUGCUGGGUUCUGCAUAGGAGUUUUAGGUGAAAUUAAGAGCCUGACCAUAGUAUCAAACAUGGUAUUAUGGCUCUUUGUGGCCUUGAUCUUAGAGAAUACAGAAGGGGGCCAGUUUUGGUGCACUGAGUAGAUCCAAAACCUCUGUUAAGAUUCUUGCUUCACUGCCACUCUUACUGCAACUACUGCCAGAGAGGGAUUGAGAGAGGGAUGUGACCAUCCAGGUGCAACCUGCCGUGUACAGGCUGACCUAGUGCUGAAGGUCUUGCUCUGAUAUUCUGAAGAACUGUGGGAAUGUGCUUUGUGCUCCGCACAGGCAGGGUGAUGUCUGGUGUCUGUGAGUUCUCAGCUGUGACCAGGCUUUGGGUGUCCUUGAGCUUAUCCCCGGAGUAAGGGGGAGCCUGUGCUCUGUGCUGGUCAGUGCUGAAAUGGCCACCAAGCUCGGGAGAGGUGA